UAUCUCGAAGUCAGAAAGCUCGCGCUGCUGCCCGGACGACGACGGCGACGCCGACGAAGAAGAAGACGAUGGCACAGGCACUAGCGACGCCGGUGGCGCCGUCACUCUCGCUCAUCAGCAACCGCGGAGGGAGCUCCUCCUCUCCCUUCUCCGCCCUCUCGCUCCCCGUCGCCGCCCCUCCCAAGCUCCAAGGCCUAAGCAUCCGGUGCGCCCGUGUCGGAGGUGUGGAGAUCCCGAACAAUAAGCGCGUCGAGUACUCUCUCCAAUACAUCCACGGCAUCGGCCGGACCCGAGCUCGCCAGAUACUCUGCGACCUCAGCAUGGAGAACAAGAUCACCAAGGAUCUGUCGGAGGAAGAGCUCAUCACGCUCCGUGAUGAAGUUUCCAAGUACAUGAUCGAAGGCGAUUUGAGGCGGUUCAAUGCGCUCAACAUAAGGAGAUUGAAGGAAAUCCAGUGCUACAGAGGGACGAGGCACAUCCAGGGGCUGCCUUGCAGGGGACAGCGCACCAAGAACAAUUGCCGGACGCUGAAGGGCAAGCGCGUCGCUAUUGCAGGGAAGAAGAAAGCGCCUCGUUAGCCAGAUUUAACCGGUUCGUUUUAUCUGUGAUGAUCGCUGAAGCGAGAAACUCGACUUUGAACUCCAUUGUGCAGGAGAAGUAAAACGCGUCUUUUAAGCUAAUGAAAUUUUCUUCAGCA